AUUCCAUUACCGUCCUUUCAUCCCUAACAACACAAAAGACCCUCCUAUCCUUAUUUCCCCAUCUCCUUGCUUGGCAUCUUCAAAACUAUUCUCCCCAAAAGAUUUCAUUUACAAUGGAAAACACCGUCCCCGAACCCCAAGUUUCAACCCCCAUAUUCCUCCCACUUCUAAAUAGCAUCCCACCUCAUCUCGCUCCCAAGUUUGAAUCUACGUACGUAGAAUACUACAACAAGUACUCGGCGGGCCGUCUAGCGACGCAUCAAAUUCCAAUUGAGACAUAUCGCGCUAAUCCUGCCGCUUAUACCAUCACCUACGGCCGCGCCCUCUACCCCUCCACCGGCCUCAAAAUCAGCACCCAAACCCUCUCCGUCUCCUCUCCUCCGGGCACCAUCACCAUCCAAAUCUUCGACCCCGAAACCACCCACGCAGCCAAGAAACCCGUGUACGUGAACUUCCACGGCGGCGGAUGGGUAUUUGGCGGUUUGCCGACCGACUUCGAUUUCUGUAAACAGGUAGCGAAGGAAUGUGGUGCGGUGGUCUUUGACGUGGAUUACAGGUUGGCGCCUGAAGAGAGGUUUCCGACGCAGGUUGAGGAUUGUUGGGAGGCGCUGAAAUGGAUACACUCAGAAAAAGCCCCAGAAUUCAACCUAGACCUAAACAAAGUCGCCAUCGGCGGCUGCAGCGCAGGCGGGCACCUAGUUGCUGUCCUCGCUCAUUUAUGUAGAGACCACUCCCUGCCCUUAAAACUCCAACUCCUCUCCGUACCCGUAUGCGACCUGUCAAUCUUCAACCCCGACGGCUCUCUAAAGUCAAACCAACCCUACCCUUCAUACUCCGAAUUUGGCCCUUCUCCUCCGCUUCCUUUGGAACGCAUGAGUUACUUCUUCAAGCAUUUCCUCGGCGAUAUCCAAAAGACGAGCAAGUACGCAAUGGGGGGAGAAGAAGAGUGGAAGAUAAGUCCGAUCAAAGCGCGGAACUGGAAAGGGUUAGCGGAUGCGUUGGUCGUUACGGCUGAAUGCGAUGUUUUGAGGGAUGAGGGGGAGGCGUAUGCGAGGAAGUUGGAGGAGGGCGGGAAUCGGGUGAGGGUUGUGAGGGUUAAAGGGGCGCCGCAUAUUUUUAUGCAGUUGGAUGGGAUAUUGGAGGCGGGGAGGGAGUAUAAUCGGGUUGUUUUGGAGGCGUUGAGCGGGGCUUUUAGAUGAUUGCUUAGAGGAGAUGGUGAUUAGAGGGGAUGGUGAUUAGAGGGGAUGGUGAUUAGAGGGGAUGGUGAUUAGAGGGGAUGGUGAUUAGAGGUUAGAUUUCAUGGCUGGGUCUAUUUAGAAGUUCGUCCGU